AUGUCCCGUCUGCCCCUUCGGCAGCAUCUGAACGCCGCUGCGUCACGGUUAGCGAACGCUCGCUUUGCCUCCAGCAGCGCUGUUCGCGGCCUGCAUGGUUCUGGCGCCGUCGCUGGGUGCCCGGCGAAGCAUUGCAAUAACGGCUUCCGCGUUCAAACGGAGGACGACUCUCUGUGGGCGAACGAAGAGCCUGUCUGGAAGCCGUGGCAAUCCGCAGAGUCCCCUGGAUACGCACCUCUCCAGCUCGGAGAAGGUCUUGUCGGCCAGUAUGCUCAGUACAAGGUCAUCCGAAAGCUCAACUGGGGAGUCGAGUCUAGCAUCUGGCUGGUGGAGCGGGUGGCUUCAGAACAUAAAGCCCUGAAGCCUGGGAAGCUUCUUGCAGCAAAGGUCCUGACCGCUCACGCCACUGAACUCGAAAUCGGGAAGAGUACCUGUCAAAUCCCUCUGUUGAAUGAGAUCCUCAAGCACUCUACCCCUCCCUCUAAGCCCGAUGAACCUGUCAACAAAGAGAAGUUUUACAUUCCUGGCUCGGAAUUCACGAUCACUAUGUUCGAUUGGGGUGCCCAUCGCACUCGAAUCGGCGUGCAUGUCUUUACAAUCUUGGCACCGAUGUCCACCACGUUGCGUAAAGUGCAGCGAGCGUUCCGGACGAUGGACCCCAACCGCGAUGUGAUGCUCGUCCGACGUGUCGUCAAGCAGAUGCUAUUCGCCCUCUCGUGCGUGCACCAAUUAGGUUACAUCCAUGGAGAUGUCAAGGCUGACAACAUCUGCGUGCCUUUGUUUGCCGAAUUCAUUCCCGAUCUGAAGGGGUACUUGGAGACAGCGCCAGCAGAGAGUCUCCCUCCACGCGUAUUCCCUGAUUACAGCCCUGAUCCGGUCACAUGCGUCAAAUCGCAGCCGUAUCCUCCAAUUGGUGACGACCACCAUGUGGACAAAAUCUACAUCAAUCUCGUGGACUUUAGCAGCGCGAUCCACGCGUCUAGUUACUCCACCACACAGCGGGCCAUGCCCAGGAUGCUGCGUGCACCGGAGGUCAUCUUAGGACAUCGCUGGGGACAGCCCAUCGACAUUUGGGCCCUUGGAUGCUUGGCUGCAGAGCUUCUUCUGCACAGACCGCUGUUCGAUCCAGGUGAUAACGAGGACGACGCGACUGACAGUGAGCACCUCGCACAGAUGGUCGAGGUGCUCGGGCCGUUUUCUCAGGGGGCGCUCGCGAAAUGCCCGCUAACAAACACAUUCUUCAAUACGAACGGUUCGCUGAACUCUGCUGACGGGGGACGACGCGUUCACGUCCCCUCGCUUCGCCAUAGUCUCGCUGAGGUCGGGCUGGCUGGCUCAACGCUUGACGAGGUGGACGCGCUUCUGCACCGGAUGUUGGCGUUGGACCCAGACAGCCGACCCAUUGCGAGCGAGCUUCUCAACGAUCCUUUCGUCAAAGGCCUCAAUCUCGAAACAAACACUCUCCUCUAA